AUGGCAAGCGGCAAGCCCUCAAACCUCUCGCUCGGCGAAAAGAUCGUCGUAGUUGGGCUGACAAUUCAGAUACUGUUUUUCGGCUUAUUCAUCGUUGUUUCUGUCAUUAUUCACCUUCGAAUGAGCACCCAUCCGACAACAGCCUCGUUAUCACUUCAUUUCUCGUGGCGAAAAUAUCUGUACAGUCUUUAUGUUGUCUCCACCCUUGUCAUGAUACGCUCUAUCUUUAGAGUUGCCGAAUUUGCUCAGGGAACAAAUGGGACAUUACUGAGGCAUGAAUAUUAUCUAUACAUGUUUGACGCCACGCUAAUGCUUAUUCUCAUGGUGACCUUGAAUGUCAUCCAUCCGGGCGUGAUUUCAACUCUUGUACGAGGCAGGGUAGCACUGAAGGGGUCGGACAACUUGGAAAUGCAGUCAGAAGGAAAGAGAUCGAACGAACAACGGGGGUAUGAGCCGAUGAACUUGCGCCCGAGCUUCACCGAAUCCAUCUAUGCAAGACAUGCCAUCGCAACCAGAGGCCUUGCAUGA